GGGAAAACUGGAUACAAUGAGCAACCAACUGCAUCGAAAGACCUACACACUCUACGCUUAGCGUUGAUUGGAGUUAAAGAAGCAGCAACUAUUUUCAUUUUUUUAAACCCCAUGAACAAGUUUAAAAUACGUAUAAGGAUAAAUAUAUAAUCGGUUUUUAAAGUGAGACGUAUCGCAAACUAUCACAUAACUAGUUUUUAUUCGUUAAAAUAUGGGUAAAUAAUUUAAAUACAAUAUAGUUAUGUACUUUAGGCAAUAUUUCUAUAAAAUUCCCACACACUACAAAAUGAUCUGACAGUAAACAUAUAAAAAAAUAAAUUGUGUCUAGAAAGUCCAUAAUAUUUAAAGAUUAUUCAUCGAAUAGAUUAGUUUAGUAAAAAAUAUUUAUAUUUUUAAACCAAGAAAAAUUAAAACCUAUUUGUUAAAUAUUUGUUGAUAUUAAUAUAUUUUUUGUGAGAAUAAGCAUACAUGUUGAUUAAUAUAUAAACAGGUUUUUAAAAGUUAUCCGAUCUCCUAUUUCUCAAAUAUAAAAGAAACCAUAUUUAGAAAACCGUAACUUUAUUGACACUAAAAUUUUCACGUUUGAAUGAAAUAAAAUAUGUUUUUCAGCUAUUGUAUAUAUUUACUGAUAAAUGAAAACAUUACUUUUUUGCCACCAAAUUCCAAAUUUUUGAAAGCAAAAACUAUUUGUAACAAAAUACGUAUAUUUCUUUUAAUAGUUUUUUUUUAUACUAACAUUAAAUUUAUUUUUUAUACUGAUUGAAAUUUGUUAAUGAUUAUUGACAUGAUAUUAUAUGUUCAAUUUUGUGGACAUUAUUAUUAUUGUUUCACAUCUCUAAAAACGUCAAACGUCAUUUAAUAGAGACAGUUUACUGACAAGUCGUAACUAAUCUGACAAUCCAAUGAUUAAUCUAUAGCUGACCGGAAAAUUUGAAUGUUUUAUUAUCAACAUUAAAAUAAAUUUAGGUAAUUUAAAUUACAUUAAAAUGUUUUAAUGUCAUAAAUAAAUAAAAUAAGAUGAGGAGCAAAUUACCGUUACCGGAGUUGCUGUUUUAUUUUAUUUUCUGGAUUGCAGCCAACGUUUUUUGUUUGUUUAAGUUAUUCGAAGCGCAGUCGAGUAAGUGUUUUAUUUUAUAGAAUUCCUAUUUCUUUUUACUUUGUAAAGUUAAAGCGCAAACUAAUUUUCGAUUUACAGGUUAUUAUCAUAACGACUAUAACGUUUUGUAUUCUCUUGGUGAACUGAAACCAGGGUGGCGGUUUAUAUCAAGACUACAAGAUGUAUCAGAUAUUGAAUGGAGUAGUUGGAAGUUCUUCAUUCAAACUGCUUGGAUUUAUUUGUUGUUACAGUUCUUUGUGUCAGAAGUUAUUAGGAGCACCUGCUCAUCCCUCUUAAAAUAUUGGUAUAUUAUAUCAAGCCUAUCAUUUGUUAUUUUGUGUAUGGGUUACAAACAAUUGAUAAUCAUACUAGCACAGCCUAUAAUAUUUGCUGCCAUAAUAUUCUUUGGUGGUGGCAAAAUAUGUGUUUGGACAGCAAGUACUAUACUUCUUAUUAGUUAUAAUUCUUUGAAGUAUAGAUAUUUCUUUUGGUAUUAUCUGGACCGUGAAGAUUUACACGAUGAAGAAGUGUAUUUAAUUUUAUUUACAAUUGCAUGGAUUAAAUUGAGAUGUGUAAGCUUUCUCAUAGACUACAUAGAUCAACAAGAAAAAUUGGAAAAAAAUAAAAUUAAAGUUGAUACUGCAUUCACUAAAUUGAUUGUCGAUAUGUUUAGUUAUGUUCUGUAUACUCCAUUAUUGUAUAUUGGGCCAAUUAUCCUUUAUGAAGAAUUUGAGAAGAGUUUUAGCUCCAACAAUACUAAUUUAAAAUUAAAACUAAGAAGAUUUCUAUGGGAUAUGAUCCUUUUUGCAUUGUAUACAUUUUUGCUUGAUUGUGCCUUUCAUUUUGUGUAUUUCCUGGCUAUGCAGAGUGAUAUAGAGGCAAUUAAGAAGUUACCAACAAUAGCUUUGUGUGGAGGAGGAUUGUGGAUGGGAUUAGAGUUCCAUUUGAAAUAUGUUAUUUCAUAUGGCACAACUACAGCAUUUGCAAGACUUGAUAAUUUAGAUCCACCCCCAACACCUAGAUGCAUAGCCCGUGUACAUGUUUAUUCUCAGAUGUGGAGAUAUUUUGAUGUUGGACUCUAUAGGUUUUUAGUGAAAUACAUUUAUAGACCAGCUUUAGAAACAAUGACAACACAUUUCAAAUUAAGUAGGAUUGUAAAUAAACUCUGUGCAUCUUUCCUCACUUUUGUGUUCAUAUUUAUGUGGCAUGGAACUAUAUGGAAUAUUUUUGUAUGGUCAGUUCUCAACUAUUUAGGUAUUACAUUAGAACAGUUUGGGAAAAUAUUAUCUCAAACAAAUUAUUACCAGUUGUUUAAGGUGAAUAUUUUAAAAAGUGAUGAGACAGAAACACGUUUUCUUGCUCUGUUGUGUACACCUUUGUUGGCUUUAUCUGCGAUAUCAAAUUUUUAUUUGUUUGGGGGCAGCAGUGUGGGGAACAUUUAUUUUGAAUGCUUUAUGCAUCCAACGUUUUUUAAUACUAUGUUGAUUAGUAUAUCUUUGUAUUGUUGUUGUCAUGUCUCCAUGGCUUUACAAGAUGUCUCAUCAAGAACCGAUAAAAAGACUAAUUAACUCAUUCAAUUUGGUAACAGGAAACUGUAUAUGAAGAUAAACCUUUAGGUGCCUUUUUCCUACGGGGACAAUAUAUUUGUGUAUAUGAGGAAAAUCUAUGCUAAAUUUACAAUGAUCUGAACUGAAAUGUCUGUGUAAGUAAUAGAUUUAAAUUUAAUAAAUAUAUUUAUUAAAUUCUUAAAUAUUUUAUUAUAAAGCAAUUAACUGAUAUGUGUUGGAGCCCUUCAAUAGCAAAUAUGAAUGUAUGUGCAUUGCUUCAAUCAAUUCGCUAGCAUCUCCUGACACACCAGCAGAUUUGUGUAUCUGUAUUAAUUCUUUUCUGGUGAAUAUGUCUUUUCCUAACUGAUGAGCUCUUCUUGUGAGAACUUCCAGGAACUUUUUUAACUGUAAACAGAUUAUUAUUUUUAUUUUACUUUAUAUAAAUGUCUCUUUACAAAAAAUUAUGUAGCAACUUAAUUCAGACUACAUUAUAUUAUUGAUUACAUAGUAGAUAUUCUAUAUUAUUAAUUAGCUAAAAUAUUAUUAAUUAGCCCUAAAUAAAACGCACCAUCUGAAAAUAAUAUAAUCCACUUUACAACAACAAUAUAAUUGCAUGUCGUCUUGACAUAUGCUGGUCUAAAAUUGUAAAACUACCUUGUAACCAUAUUUUCGCAAAUAAAUAAAUAUUAUUAAUAUUAUUAUUCAUAA